AUGGCAUAUCUGUUCGAAGGUAUACUCCUACCGAAUGAUUACGGUGGGAAACUACGUGUUUCGGACGACGGUAACUCUAUAGAGAAUGGUCCGGAGCAUUCUAAGCUGGUCUAUGCUUCUCUCAAGAACUUGGUACCGGCUAGAGCCUUACAAUCUCUCAUCUAUGACCACUAUGAAAAGGGUACUAGAGUCUAUCAGGAUACCAACGGUGACCUUGUGACCAUGCCUGCUAGUACUGAUGGCACUGAUCAGUCUAAAAUCACCCUACGCCGAGCCAAACAGCUAGUUGCUG